AUGGUGUCAGCCCUCACCGUGACACUCAUCCAAUCAACCUUCUUCAACGCCAUAUCCAACGUCUUAGCCCAAAUCAUAGAUCAAUGGCACAACGAAGAGCCAUUCAAAUUAAACAUACCAGCAUUCAUCCAAUUCAUCACAUACUGCAUCAUUAUCGUGCCCAUCAACUUCUACUGGCAGCGAUGGAUGGAAUCACGCUUCCCGGGGUUUCCAUCUUUUAGUUGGUUCUCUUCUUCCUCUUCCUCUUCUGCUUCUACAAGCAGUAAUGCCAGAGACGCAGCAGGCGUUGUGAUACCCAUCGAGGAUCUAGCAGUCAAAGACAAGAAUAUAGCCGACAUCCAACAUCUCCCACCACCCUCAUCUUCAUCUUCAUCUUCUAUCAGGAGAUACUGGACGCCCAAGAAAUCAACAGCCACUCGACCAGGGGAUAGAGGAAUAAAAAACUUCGUCAAAAAAUUCCUGCUAGACCAAACUAUCGGCUCGGUGGUAAACGUCUGGCUCUUUAUCGUGCUGAUCAACCUGCUCAAGGGGAAAUCAUGGAGGUAUACAUCCACGCGGGUCAGUGAGGAUAUGCCGGAUGUUAUGAUUGCGCGACUCAAAUAUAGACCUAUUGUGGCGGGAUUGAUGUUCACCGUUAUUCCGGUGGAUAGGAGGGUUGUGUUUGGGAGUUUCUGCGGGGUUAUUUGGAGCGUUUAUUUAAGUUUGCAUUCGCUUUCGCGAUAA